GUAGCCUACGUUAAAAUAGUCAAAGAGUUUAGGGAUUGUAGUUCAUCCGCUAGUCCAGAAUACUAAAAAGAAUAGGCGUAAUAACUAAAAUGAACUACAAUUUCCAAGCUACCAAGCGACGUUGUUAUAGUCAUCGUCUUUCUCGACGCGAGAGAGGGCAUCGGUGACUCUUGGAUGUUGUUAAAUUCCGCGAUAGAUACACCGCUAGUAAAUUAAAAAAAACAACUUUAACUGUAAUGGUUGUGCUUUUAAUAAGAUGGAGGUAAUCGAGACAAUUGUGAUACAAAACUCCGAAGUGGAAGGAAAGGAAACGGUCGUGUCCAGUGUGGAUACGGAUAAAACAAAAGCAGAAUUUAUCUGGACAGUUCAGGCUACAUGGCAUCUAGUCAAUACCCGGCUUGAAAUGGAUCAGGCCUUUGACCAGCCAGUGUGCAAGAAAAAGAAACUCUGGGAAAUGGUUGCAGAGAAGGUCAAUGCCAAAUUGAGGGAGUCAGAGGUCACUGAUGUCACUGUGAAGGCGUACGAAUGUGAUCUCAAGUGGAGAAACAUGCUGGCCACAUACAGAAAAAAUGCAGAGAGGGCCAAGAGGUUGGGAGUGACCAGCGUCCACUGGGAGUUCUUCAAAGCUAUGCACGAAGUCCUGGGUAAGAGCAGGGAGGAGAUCGAAGCCCAGCGCAGGGCCAAACUCAGCGGGACCAAAGUAGGAAAAGCUAUAGCGAGCAAGAGGUUUACCCCUAUCCUCCCUACGCCUCCUGCAACAGCUGCUCCCUGCCCCACCAGGCCUCCGCAGGAUGUCCUGCAGCUGUACAUGGAGCUGCAGGAGAGGAAGAUGAACAUGUGGGCGCAGCAGAAAGCACUGGAGGAGCGAAAAAUAGAGGCCAUCAACAACCUGGCCCAAGCCAUCUCCAGCCUGGCUCAGAAGAACGGUACACAGAUAUCAAAGGAUGGACAUUAGGAGAGAGGAAACAGCUCGUUUGCAAUGUCUAAUGUUUGUAGACUUUUCCACAUUUUUACCGUUUACAGUUUACAGAGUACCUUGGAUUAGCAGGUGUACAGUAUGAGGCCAGACUCACUUUUAACACAGCAGGCAGAUUACAGUUCUCUUUAAACCUGUCUCUAUUUUCCUCCUGGUGCUCAAAAUAAUGUAAGAAUCUUUUAUUUUUAUACCAAAAUAGAAAACUUGGAUGAAGUUGAAGAGUACACACAGAUGGGGCAUCCACCCCCAUCUGUCAAAGAACUGUACGAAAAUAAACUGUACGCAAAUAAAGUAACCAUUGCCGGGCCAAAAGCAGUCAAAUACAAUACAGAUUUCAGUAUUGGGAUUAAUGAAGAUACUGGUAUAAAUGUUAAAGUAUUAAUAAGAUAAUCUUUGUUUAUAA